UCUGUAACGACUUUGGCACUCGUGAAUGUCAUGUCAUGUCAGCUACUCACUCAGCCUAAGUCUACUCUUGAACUGUUGGACUCAUCCAGCUCCUGACCCGAGUAUUCAAAGAAAGAUUGAAAGGAAAGAUGGUGAUGAUCCGCAAUCUCAGUCGCAGUCUCAGUCGCAGUGCCAUCGCCAAAACACUCCUCUCGCCAUCAAAUUCAAGGCCCUCUUCCCAUUCUGCUAUUCCGUUGUUGGCGCCGUUGGCGGGUCAACGCCUACGCAACAACUCUGCCGCAUUUGAACCCGAAUUCAGAGAUACCACCACCACCAGAUGCCUUCACUCGCUUGGCGGCGGUGGCGGACUGCCUUCCUCCAUGAGGGCAGCUGUCUUCAGGGAACCCAACAAACCUCUCACCUUCGAGGAAUUUCACAUCCCUCGCCCCAAAUCCGGUGAACUUCUCAUCAAAACCAAGGCAUGCGGAGUUUGCCACUCUGAUCUCCAUGUUAUGAAGGGCGAGCUUCCAUUUGCUAGCCCAUGUGUUGUGGGACAUGAGAUAACUGGUGAGGUUGUCGAACAUGGACCGGCCACAGACACCAAAACUAAAGCAAGAUUACCAAUUGGAUCUCGAGUUGUUGGAGCUUUCAUCAUGCCUUGCGGCAACUGUUCCUACUGUUCAAAGGGCCAUGAUGAUCUAUGCGAGGAUUUCUUUGCCUAUAACCGUGCAAAAGGAACUCUUUAUGAUGGUGAAACUCGGCUGUUCCUCCGCAGCAGUGGAAAACCAGUAUACAUGUAUAGUAUGGGAGGCCUUGCUGAAUACUGUAUUGUGCCGGCAAAUGCAUUGACUAUUUUGCCCGAGUCAUUGCCAUACAUCGAGUCUGCAGUUUUAGGUUGUGCAGUGUUUACUGCUUAUGGUACUAUGGCUAAUGCGGCUCAGGUGAAGCCUGGGGAUUCAGUUGCUGUGAUCGGAAUUGGGGGUGUAGGGUCAAGCUGUUUGCAGAUAGCAAGAGCAUUUGGUGCCUCUGAUAUUAUCGCUGUGGAUGUUCAAGAUGAAAAACUGCAGAAAGCCAAGAUAUUUGGAGCUACGCAUGCUGUAAAUGCAGCUAAAGAAGAUGCUGUUGCCAAAAUAAUGGAAAUAACUGGUGGAAAGGGUGUGGACAUCGCUGUGGAAGCCCUGGGAAGGCCGCAGACAUUUUUGCAAUGUGUGCAAAGUGUGAAAGAUGGAGGAAAAGCUGUAAUGGUUGGGCUUUCACAAGCUGGUGCAGUUGGGGAAGUAGAUAUAAACCGUCUUGUCCGUAGAAAGAUACAAAUCAUUGGAUCUUACGGAGGGAGGGCAAGGCAGGAUCUGCCAAAGUUGGUCAGAUUGGCAGAAUCAGGCAUAUUUGAUCUAGCUAAUGCUGUUUCUAGAAGGUACAAGUUUGAGGAGAGUAACGAAGCAUUCCAGGAACUCAAUAAGGGAAGCAUUGUUGGUCGGGCAGUGGUUGAGAUAAUGUAAGUUCUUUUCACUCCAAGCGGCUGUUCUUGAUGCGAAACUUCCACCUCAAGUACAAGGCAGCUCCUGGUGUAGAAAUCUGAAGACCUGCAGGUGCAUAACUAAUGAAGCCUCAUAAACGAUCUUUCAUCAAACGCAUUCUAGGAUCACAAAUGGUUCUAACGUCUCUUUUUGUUGUUUCCUCCCCUCCUUUUAUUUUGGGUCGACCUCACACACAUACAUAAACUCUUGGUGUUUGAAUAAAACUUUGCUGAGUGGUCGGCCGAAUAACAUGAUAUAAGAGAGGUUAUGAAUUUACACGUGAUUUGAAUAAUAUAUAUUACAAGUUUCUUCUGAUUAA